UACCGUUCACCAUAAUCUACGCCUGGUGGCUGUGUAGCAUUCACGGUUGUUGUCGCCUCGACCUGAAAUCCCCGUUCCGAGCCACAAGCGUGCUCUAGUGAGUCAGCAACUGCUCGUGCCAAGCGGCCCUGUCGCAAGCCAUCUCAGCCUCUCUCCCAGUCAACGUGCUUUGCGCCUUAUUACUUCUCCGACACACGCCACCUCACCGCGCACACCUCUUCACCAUCGCACGACUCUCGCAACGCCCUCAACCAGCACGCCGACGCUAAGAAACCGUCUCUGAACCGCUUCCGACACAUCCACGACCUCCUGACCAUCAGGCGACAGCCUCCGUCAUCAUGGCCUCCAGCAACAACGAAGGUCUCUACGACCCCUAUGUGAAGCGCGGCGCAGAGGGAGAUGCCGGAAAUGCUCGCACACAAGGUCUCCAGCGCGAGAUCGACAGCGCCGUCCACACCAUGCAGAACAACAUUCACAAGAUCUCGGAACGUGGCGAGCGAUUGGACAAUUUGCAGGACAAGACCGACCACCUGUCGACCCAGGCCAAUAGCUUCCGCCGUGGAGCGAAUCGAGUGCGCAAGCAGAUGUGGUGGAAGGACAUGAAGAUGAGAAUGUGCAUCAUUAUUGGCAUUAUCAUCUUGCUGGUUGUCAUCAUUGUGCCCAGCGCAAUCUACGGCAGCAGGCACUGAGCGUGGGCAUGAUCAACCGCAAUGACGACCGAGACACGAAAGAAACCUGAGGGGGCAGAUGAUGUAUCAUGGACAGAUGAUGUAUCAUGGACGAGGCACGUUCGCAGACACGAACGGCGGCUUCAUCGUAUGGCAUGUGCCCUCUACCAUGUAUCCCAGCACUUUUGAAAUGCCAUGCUUGAAUCAUGAUAACGGCGCCCACGGAGAGCGAUUGAAUGUUGUUUUUGGUUCAUAGUCGCUUCGAAUGUAAUCUUACGGAACCUCGAGAGGUGAGGUUGGAAUAUCACAACUCAUGAGCCCACGACGAUGA